AUGUUGGGACGAAUGAAUACGUCGGUGGAUCCAUGUUCUGAUUUUUACAGCUACUCUUGUGGGGCAUGGAUCUCAAGCAGGAGACUCUUACUCGAAAUGAAUGUCAUAGAAACUGAUAGGAAUUCUGUGAUGAGUGACGUCAAGUUAAACCUGAAACAAAGACUGAAAGAUAUGCUAAGUGAAACAGUAAUUUCAAGUGAUUCCGAUUAUAUGAAGGCCAUCAAACUUCAUUUCCAGAGUUGUCUGGACUCAAAUACCAGACCGGACAGCAGUCUAAUAACCAAAGAUGUGCAGAGUAUGCUAGAGAAUCUUGGGGUUGAUCGCUCCAUGACGUCAGUUUUGACACCAUCCAUGAUGCAGUACUCCCUUUUCUCGGAUUAUGGCGCCUUUGGUUUCUUUAAGUAUGAAAUCACGGGAAAAGUUGUUAAAGAUACAAAAAGGAGCAUCCUUCAGCUUUCUCCACCUGAUUUGUAUUUACAACAGAGUGUGUAUCUUCUCCCGUCUGAAGACAACGAGAUUGCCAGGCGGUAUUUUGAUAGAUUAGUCCCGUUGAUUCAGCGUUUCAACAGUAAUCUUAGACCGGUUUCUAACCUUGAUAAUAUAGACGGAGAGCUGCGACUGAAAGUUGCAGAAGUCUUCGAAUUUGAAAGACAAAUAUCACAGGCUAUUCGUGUUGCAAAGUCUUCUAAUGAAGAGAAAGUAUCAUACUCAGUCAGUGCACUACAAAAGAAUCUCCCAAACAUUGACUGGACCGUAGCUCUACCGCAGCAACAGUUGUCUUAUGACACACCUGUUCAACUCAACCACCCUAGCUAUUUUUCAUCUCUGAAUGGCAUGCUUGGCAGGAACCAACAAUCUACACUUGUCAUGUACCUUUAUAUUCGCGCCAUUUUAACAGGAAUCCUUCCAUCUGCGCCAAAAUCAACUCGCCAAUUCAUGGAUAGUAUGUACGAUACAGAGACUGCACAAGAAUACACGUCAGUAGACUGCUUGGAUAGUACGCUGAAACUACUUCCAGAGGAAGUGCUUGUGGAGUAUACAAGAACAUAUUCCCAAGAUAUCAAAAACGUACGGGACUAUCUCUCCUCUUUAUUUAGAAAUCUAACGGAUGAAAGCAUCCAGUCUUUUUCUUCUUACCCUGGUUACAGCGACGAAACCAAAUUCAGAAUGUCCGGGAUUUUGUCAUCUCUCAAUCUAGUGAGUGCGCCGAUACCAGUGAUUCCCUGGACGGUCGUUCUAUCCACAAAUAACGAUGUGCUUCAUUUAUUUAGAGCUAAUUUUGCCCAUCAGGCACAUGCUUCUCGGUUGAUGAACAGAAUAGGAGAAGUAUAUACCGUUCCCGAUAUACCAUGGUAUGAUGUAGAUAUCGUGUAUGAUAAAGAAAUCAACACUCUAGGGUCACUCGACAUUCAGUCUGCGGUCGAUGGUUACUGGAGUGAUGGUUCUUUGAGGCAUUUUCAGGACAAACGCGACUGCUUCAUGAAUCAACUGUUUGAGAAAAGAACUGUAAGUCUAACCGGUAGACCUCUAGUUAAGGAAGCUCCAUACUUGCAUUCUCAAGGUUCAACGUAG